AUGUCAGACGUCGGUUGUCAGCGCGAAUUUUGUCAUUUCGCUCCCGUCCACUCAUCUUAUCAACACCACUUCGCUGCAGUUCACAAUCCUCUCUCGCACCACCACCUGACCCCCUCGUUAGAUCCGCCAAAUGUCAACUCUCCUCACCUUCUCACCUCGCAUUAUCUCUUUCCCACGAAACUUCCGGACCCAAAAGUGAUUCAGCAAGUGAUCUCCGAAAUUGAUCCGGUAACCCAUUUGAAAAUCCUCUCUCAAAUCUCCGUGCCCAUUGAGGAAUUAAUCCGCCCUACAACAAAAUCCCGCAAAAGUGGCGGCGGCAUCCCUCGUCCCCAAAAUCUAUUCGUGCUCUAUCGUCGUGAUUUGCAAGCAAAGCUGACAGCGAAAUUUGGCCCCGAAAUUGGCUCUCACCUUCCCUUCGUUUCCAAGGAAGCGUCGGAAGGAUGGAAGAUGGAGGCUCAAGAGGUCAAGAAUAUCUAUGAAUUCAUUGCGGAAUUGGCCAAGAAAGUUCAUGAGCUGACCUACCCGAAUUAUGUAUAUAAACCGAGGAAGCGGGCACUCAAGUCGGCGUUAAACAGGUCAAUGUUUGAUAAUGAGUUAUAUCGUUUGGCGAGUCGGCAACGCAAGGACUCGAAUGAUGAUUUAUCGGAGACAAGUGGUAACGGUCAAAACGACAAAGUCGCUCUUGGGGUUCACAAUAUGCUUCUUCCUGAUUCACAUAUCUCACCCACACACAACCAACCUCACUCGCAAAGACGUCAUUCGACCCCUCACGUUCUUCCUUUUCAAUUACCACGCAGCAAGCAUAACUAUGACCCCGAAGGUGGUGCGAAUGAUCGAUACGGAAGUCACCAACAAUCAUCCCCUCCUUCGCAAUAUCAACACUCGGGCCCCUCUUCUAGGUCUCAUGCUGAGGACACCUCCGUUUCCGUCGUUGGUGCACAAAGAAACCUUGGUCGAUCUCGCCAAAGCCACCAGCAGCAACGCCCGCUUUCUGUGUGGCCGGUUCCGCGGAAGACACUUUCGAAUCAUCAUCAUUAUAAAUCGUCGCGAAAUGAAGGUCACGUAGUGAGUCCCGCGGUUUGCGUGGUUCCAUUUGAACGUUCCAUUAAAAGUGCGAACAACUUGUCCCCCUCCCUUUACGCGGAUGGCAACGGGUCAUCUUCGUCAACUGAUACUUCUCAAAAUUUCACGACAAAUUACGUUUACCCCUCUCCCACCGUCACGCAAAUUAAAGACCUGUCCGCGACUCCUCCACUCACCUCGCGCUCCCUGUCCAGGUCAACAUCGUUUGCGUCGUCAUCGGCAUGUGUCCCUUCACCCACGCUUAAUCAACAGGGUCUUCUCAAUCGAGAAUUUUUUGAAAUCAGGGAUUCAAUGUAUUCUCCUGCACGUGAAACAAACUCCGGGAUGAAUUAUGAAGAAAGGGAGAUCGAAAGGAGGAGAAGGCACAGCGACGGCACGAUCACGAGCGAUAGCUAUCACAAUCAAGUCGGCAAUGAUGAAACACCACCUUGGUGCUUUCCGGUCACCGCGUCAUCCUCGUCGUCAAGCUUCAAUCUGCAUCGUCCGUUUCAGCAACGUCAUUCCUCUCACCCUCGACCGCGCUCGCCCAACUUUCCCACGGCCAUUAUCACACCAAGAGAUUGUGGUGCCGCUCCGCAAUUACCUCCAUUGAAUACGUUCUUGCCAUCUGAAAGUAGUGCGACAAUCACUGGGUGCGACAGUUAUGAUCGUAAGAUGUGCAGAUCGUUUGGAGGACCGGUUUGA